ACUUCAAUUUAUGAAGGAAAUAAUUUGCAUUCCGAUUAAUUCUGACAGAUGUAAUAUAAUAUUUUUAUAUAAAAUCGAUAUAUUUAGUAUCAGCAAUGCCUUGUGGUAAGCGUCCUCUUGUGAAAGCAUGGGACAAACCGAAAAAAUUAAGAGUUGUAAUUCCCUCACGCUACGAACAAAAUGAAGCGUCAGUUAAACAACACUGGAAAAACGUUAUAAAAUCUCUAGAACUGAGCUACAAAGAUGAUCAGUUCUGGGAAUCUCAAAGUGAAGUGGUACGUCAACUUGUUGGUCCAGUAAUAUUCGAGAGAAUUUCAAAAAUCUUCAACUUGCCAAUGGAAAAGGUACAUUACGAGCCGAAAUCUGAAACCGCUUCGAUCGUGCCAUCCGAAGAGUAUUACAAGUCGCGUUCUGGUGACGAUAUUCAAAUUCGCGACACGUAUUCUAUGGCUGACUAUGACUCGUUCAUUGAAGAAGACUCAAACGAGGUGCACGAGGAACAGUCGGAACAAUGGAGCGAUUCAUCACCCCUAACAAGUUCUGAACUAGGAAAGGUUUCACGAAUGAAAUCCUUACAAACAGCACGUUCGAAAUCAGUCAUAGCAUCAAAAACGUUCUCAAAAUCGAUAUCAUUUUCGAAAGUUUAUUCAAGGAAUACAAUAAGAUCGCAAACAAGCAAAAUGAAGAAUUACAAAUCGGAAAUAACACUGUUUGAUGAACAAGCGAACUCUGAAGACGACAUAGAAGUUCACCCCAGCAUUAAGAGGCCAGGGCAGUACAGGAGAAAGAAAAAUCCUCAUUUUGAAAUGCUUUACUGCAACGAAUCGGAAACUGACAUGAUCAAAUGGAAUUCUAAAUAUAAACAAAGAGCAUUUGAAGUUUCCGCUUCUGAUGAAUUUAGCAAGAAGGCUGAAAUUUUGACUAAGAAGAUCUCAAAGGAAUUCUACGACUGGUGGGUAAGUUUGGGUAACGUGGAAUUCAAAUCGGAGAUCAAACGGCCAGAGGACAUUGAAGACUUAUUCCAAGUCUGGUUUGACGAGCACGCGUCCCGUGGCCUCGUUUUACAUCCCAAGAUUUUGCCGUGUGUUCUAAAAUCAAUUUCUGAAAAAGUCGGAGCACUAAAGUCGUCAUGCCCACGGGUGCUGAAGAAACAGGUCGCUUACGACAUAAAGGCAGAGACAAGUCCAGCUCACGUCAUGGCGUUUGGGACAUGUCUUCCUCAGAAGAUGAAGCAUAUACCGCCUAAGAACAAUACAAAGGCCAUUUGGCGAGGUGUCAAAAUUCCUGAAGAUCUACGCUCGAUGGCCUAUGUGUGGGAGGAUAUACAGCAUCUUACGUCCACAAAGGCUUUCCAUAAAUGGCUUCAACAGAAGCCAAAUUUGUCGAUGCCGCCAUUUUUAAAAUCGCUCGACGCUUCCGGCGACAAGAAACAGUUGUUCGUUGUGCCUUCAGACUUUGUUGUGAAGGAUAAAAGCUGGGAUACAUCCGCAAACGACCUAGCUUUACCGGUGUCUCAAUUCUCGAUUGAGCUUAAAGAAGUUCUCAGCAAACUAAUGAAUCAUUAGUAACGCCAAGAUAACGCACUGAUGACCCGCAGUUUUCAAACUUGCCUCGCAGUGAAUGUAUUUGUGGAAACCUGAAGCUGAGCUCAUUGCGAUGCGUUUUAGUAUUUGCAAUAACUAACGUCUGCCUAUUGGCCAAAAUUCAACUAUAAUUACACACCAAUUUACAUUUUGUUAUUGUUGUGAUUGUUUUUAAAUUUGUAAUGUUGAAUGUUAUUCUACAAAAAGAAAAUUCCGUUUUCAAAUGAAAAACGAUAGCAAUAAAGCUUGUCUACAUCUAUUAAAUAGAAAAAAAAGGAAAUCGGUUAACAAACAGAGAUGAAAUUUGUACCUAUUUUGUUUUUCCCUAUUUAAAAUGUUGGACACCGGUUGUACUUACUUCUAUAGUUGACUUUUGAUUAAAAUCCAAUUCAGUAUCAGUACCUCUUUACAUAUCUAUCUGUACCUAGUGUAAUACGGUAGGUAUUUAAUUGUUUUUUUUUUUAUUCCUAAAACGUGUUUUUUUUAUCGCAGAGCCUGCAAACCAGACAAAUAAGUGCUACUCUAUUACUCGAGAGAUUUUUAAGAAUAUUAGCAUAACUCUUUUUAUAAAAAAUUUAAAAUCGUGAAUAUACAAAUAGAUGGAAAAUAUUUGUGGGUUUCUGCAGGCCAGGUGUAAAUAUGUCAAUAUCAUCAUCAUCAUUUCUUCCUAUUACCCUCUGCUGGGGUGUAGGGCUCGAAUCAAAUUUUUCCAUUUACAUCGGUCUUGGGCAGUCUGUUCUUUGUUUUAUGUUAUUUUAUUUUAUUCUAUGUCAAUAUACGUAAUUUAAAUUUUGCUUUCGGGCUAAAUGUGAAUGCUACUGUCAAAUUUGUUGGGAAGGAAAAAUCAAAUGAAACAUUAAAAUUCACAAAAUGUAA